GGUGCAGCGGAAGAGGGGGUUAACUGGAGUACUUCAUAGCAAUCAUCCUUUUUAGGAAAGGAGGGAAAAAUAAAACCCUCCCCUCACGGCUUUACCCCCACCCCUUCACCAGCAGCACCACACACAGCGAGGUCUCCUCUCGUGGAGCACACGGUGGUGUCUACGCUUUUCUGCCUUCCAAGCAGCUUUUUGGAAAAUGUCUUUUCUGACCGGAGUUUAAUCAGAAGGGGGAUUCUUUUUUUUUUUUUUUUGCUCUUCCAUCUUUUUUUUUUUCUCCUCCUCUCCUCUCUCUUCUAAAUGGAGACGUGAAGCAGUCAUUGGAAUAGAGAUCAAUGCCUGUACGCGCGCGCGUGUGUGCGUGUGUAAAUUGCACAGGGAAAACCACAGGACUUCUGCAAAAUACUGGAUUGAAAAUUGUAAUUCAUCUGCUGCCGCCGCCGUCGCUGCCUUUUUCUUUCUUUCUUUUUUCCCUCUCCUUUUUGCUCCUGGAUUCUCCGAUUGGGGUUUCCAGGGUUUGACGUUUCUCUGGAGAUGUCUGAAACAGAAGUCUGGGAAUUGAUUUGGAAAUCUUUCUAAUUUUUUCCAACUCCUGAUUCAUUUGGAAGUUUCAAAGCAAAUAUAACUUGAAAGUCCUGAAGAUUUGUGGGAUUUUUCCCCCUUAUGAGCUUGUUCUGUUUUCACAAAAAGGAAACUUGACAGAAGAGCAUACAGUACUUAGAAUACAACAUCACCGAGGAAAUAGAAUAAAAUAAAUAGUAUCAGUAGCGUGCCUCAUGAGAUAAAAAGAUACAAAAAGGAAUUUAAAUCAUAAAAAUACUGUGCAUCUCACACCAAGGGGGAAACACCUGGAAGAAUAAAAUAUUUCAGAGACAAGACUCCCUAAAGUCAAGAAAUGAAAAGCACAUCCAAUAAAAUACCUGGAUUAUAAUUAUUACUCUGUUGGGGGGUGUGGGGUGGGAGAGGGAAUAAGAGGUGGGUGUUAUCACCAUUUGGCUGCUCUCCUUGGUAUUCACUGCUCCCUCUGGGAACGAUGGCUCACCCUGGAAGAAGAGGGUACGAUAACCGGGAAAUAGUGAUGAAAUACAUUCAUUAUAAGCUGUCACAGAGAGGGUACGAGUGGGAUGCUGGAGAUCUAAGGGCACCAACCUCUCCAAGUCUUACUCCUGUUGUUGCUUCUACCCCUGCUGUUGGGAUCUUCUCUACCCAGCCAAGACAUACACCUCUGUCUGCUGAACCCCAGGACUUGGCCACUUCUACUACUGCUGCUGCUAGAAAUUCACCUUUGCCGCCUCCUCCUGCUGUUGCUGCUGCUACUGCUGCCGCUGGACCUGCUGUCAGUCCAGUGCCACCUGUGGUCCACCUGACCCUUCGUCAGGCUGGAGAUGAUUUCUCUCGAAGGUACCGGAGAGACUUUGAUGAAAUGUCAGGUCAGCUGCACCUGACCCCUGUUACUGCCCGGGGACGCUUUGCCACAGUGGUGGAGGAGCUGUUCAGGGAUGGGGUGAACUGGGGGCGGAUCGUGGCCUUCUUUGAAUUUGGUGGUGUUAUGUGUGUGGAGAGUGUCAACCGGGAGAUGUCGCCCCUCGUGGACAGCAUUGCCCUGUGGAUGACUGAGUACCUGAACCGGCACCUGCACAACUGGAUCCAGGAUAACGGAGGAUGGGAUGCCUUUGUGGAAUUGUAUGGCAGCAGCAUGAGGCCUUUGUUCGACUUCUCCUGGCUGUCUCUGAAGACUCUCCUCAGCCUGGCUCUGGUGGGAGCUUGCAUCACUCUCGGUGCCUACCUGGGACACAAAUGAAUCAGCAAACAUGCAGUGGAGAGAUAUGCAAGAGGCUCACUAAACUGUAGAAAUAGUAUGCAUUUUUUUCAGUGAUACGUAAUGAAAUUUGGGCGUGGUCUCUUUGAGAAAAGAAAAAAGGAAAACAUUGGAGAAAAGAAAAACUGGGCAAAACGUUAAAUCAGCUAUUUACUGCCAAAGGGAAAUAUCAUUUAUUUUUACAUUAUUAAAAAAAGUAUUUAUUUAAGACAUUUACAUUUAACCUCCUGUCUUCAGAAACUCUGCCGCUUACAGCAAAGUAACACUUACUAUGGCUCCACACAGAAUCUCCUGUGCCUAUAAACGCUGAUUUGUUUUAGACGGAGUUGGCUGGACUAACUCAAUCUCCGAAGAACAAACAAACUGACAAAAGACCUUACUGUUGGGGGAGCGCUUUUUUAGGCUGCUUGAGGUUAGGGAGGUGGGGUGCAUUUCCUGUGCAUUUAUUUGCCCCGAAUCGAAGUAGAAUUAUUUCCUGCUGGGAAAAACAGACACUUUGCAUAUGAUUAGCAUGGUGCACACACUCUCCGAGGGGUAGAAAAGGAAACCUUGGGGCAGACUUAUGAUCCAUUAAGAUUCUUCACAUUUCUUCUGCCUCCCCGGGACAGCUAUGGGAAACAUAAUCUUAAACCAUAUAUGAAAGUAUUUUUUUAAGCUACCAAUUGUGCCGAGACAGCCUUUUAACAAUUAAGACAAUAUCAUCCAAUACCUUAAACACUGAUUUGUCUAUUCAGAUACUCAGAGAUACGUCAGUCCAAAUACUCCCUUUCUGAGUAGGAAGCUGGCUCCUUUGGAACGUCAGGAAAUCAACAUGUCGAUUUCUUCAGCAUCAGGGUGUUUUUUUGAGCUACUCACACAGAAACAUCAGGACACCAUAAGUGCCUGUUUCUCCAGGGUGAGACUGCAGCUUGCAGGCCUGUCUUGUGUCCCAACUAAGUGGGCUCGUUCCUGGAACCAAGCCCAUGCAGGCACUGGCCUCCAUGAGGGUUUCUAAACAGUGCAGUGUGGUCUGUGAAUCUUUGGAAGUUAGCAAAGUUUUGAAUUCCAUUGGCAAAUAAAAGAAACGUUUUUCCAUUCAAGAAAAAACUCUAAGUGGGGCUCUGCUAGGGCCUGUUUAUCAAAUUGGAGAUAAUGAAAUCAAUUUAGGCUCAUUUUUCCAAUUUAAAGUGGAGCUUUGGGACAAAAAAAAUUUUUUUUCCACGUUGGUCAUUUCUUAAGAUUGCUUCUGAAGAAGAAAAGGCUUGCAAAGUCACCACCCAGAUCAUCUUGACAGCUUCAGAAAACUGCUUCAGUCCAGGAGGAGGUAUAAAGGGGGAGAGAGAGAGAGGGGAGAGGAGAAAGAGAGAGAGACAGAGAGAGACAGAGAGAAACUUAGUAAAGAAAGGAAGAACUUGAAUCCCUUUUUCAUCCAGAUUGUAAAUGUAUCUCAAAUAAGACAGACAGAUGAGGAGCAGUAAACUGUACCAAAUACUGUCCAAACAACAUGCCUGUAUUUGGGGACUGAGCCUCUGACAUAUCCAUGUGGUUCAAAGGAAGGUUUUAAUAAAGAAGGGAAAUGUCAAAAGGAGUGUUGCAGACUAAUUGACUUAUGCCUAUGGAAUUUGAUGGUAAAACUCAUUAAGUCAUUGUUAUUAUUGUUUGUUCUUAUUUGAAAACCUGGAAGGGGAAGAAAAAAUUCCAGGUGUGGAAUUUGGAAAUUAUCUGCAUCAUCCUGGGAGUGAAGGAAAGAAAAGAGAAGAAAAAAAGAAAUGGUGGCUAAAACUGUAGAGGAAUCUCAAAAGAGAUCCAGCCUCCAGCUCGUAGACUAGGGAAGAAUUUGUGUUUUAAGUUUAGAUUUUGCUUUGUGAUGUACACAAAAUACCUUUGAGGCAUUAUGGCAUUAUAUACCAUUUAUCUGUAUUAACUUUGGAAUGUACUCUGUUCAAUGUUUAAUGCUGUAGUUGAUGUGUUUUCAAAGCUGCUUUUUUUUUAGGUAUGUGCAUCUCAGCAUUUAAAAUUUUUUUAUUUAGUUAUGGCCUCUACACUAUUUGUUAGCAAGGAUGAGGAUUUUCCAUUUGAAGUUCUGUAUUUUGACUCUCCAGAAACUCUUAACAACACCUCCUGUAGCCUUUGGAGCUUGGAUAGCUGAAGGAGAGGGAAAUGUAACUUUUGAGGGCGUUCAUCUCAACAUGGUUGUGUACUUUUGUUUUGAAACAGAAAUGUUGAAACGAAGCAAAAUGACAUUUGCUGUGCUCCCCCUGACCUUGUUCCUAGCAGGUUUACUUGAGCUGGGCAAUUCUGAGUUUAAUAACUCGAGUUAUUUGAGACUGUGUGCACAUUUAGCUAUAACCAUGGGGUCUAUUUGAAUAAAAAUCAAGGACAGACAUUAUCUAGGGCCUUAUAGCAAUUAAGAAUCUGGCCCUAGGAGUGUUUGACUUUUACAGAGUUGCCUCAAAAUGGCCCAUUUAAAUACAGGUACCAAGUAAAGUCAUGGGAGCUGAUUUAAAUGGGCCAUUUUUCAUGAGAGUUAGUAGCACUUAUGGGUUCACACUUGGAACAGCAUAGACUUAUAGAGUGGAAAAUGGCAUGAAUUUUAAGUCACUAUUCAGAACCAAAUCAUUGAAGAAGAUAAAUUUUUUUGGCUUCAAUUUUGAAAUGUUUUAUUAUUUUAUGAAAGGUUUACAUGAUCAAAUGUGGCAAACCUUAACCAAAAGCCCUGAGCUGCUAUGCCGACAAGAUCACCUGCAUGGAGUUGGUUCUGCAGUUCACUCCAAGUGUCAAGAUUCUCCAAGCUGCUUUAGAAGUAAUAUGAAGUACCUUAUGAACAUUUUAAAGAUUAAGCCUGAUUGGUGUUUGGUUGUCUUUGUGGUUGUUGUUGUUGUCCUUAAAAAACCUGGGCUUCCCAGUAUAUUAGUAAAGUGUGUAUAUGUAUAUAUAUAUUAAAAAAAGUCACAGGGGUUGAAGUUUGUUUGGUUUUCUCUUGCUGUUGGGGAUCUCAUUUUCUAGUAAUCCCCAUGAAACACUUCUGCCACUUGACUCUAGAAUUGUACAGUAUUUCCAUGCCUGCACUUGGUCAGAGACCAGUUGACAAUACAUUUCUUAUUGUUAAACAUACUAGAAAUGAUGAAUGUAUAUAAAAGUCUGAACUAAUCAAAUCUUUUUCUCCCUCUUCUUUCCUAGUGUAUUGUUCUCUAUUUCUAUUACUUUGGGCAUACCCUCACUGAAUCAUUUACACCUAAUUUUUAUGUGUCACAUACACACACACACACACACACACACACACACCCCUCCCAGUGAGUGUUGGCUAAUAGCCAUUCCUCCAUCCUUUACAAAAAGUGAUUCAUAUAUUGUCUAGAGCAGAGAUACAAAAGAUGCACAUUUUCAAUUGGGGCCAUUGGCAUUAAGAAAAAGCUGUGAUGGAAAGAGCACUCCAUUGUCCUCAUGAAUAAAUAAACCCUUAUUUCCUAAAGGCUUUGAAAACCUUUCAUGUCGAAAAGGACCACUUCUACACUAAAGAACUUUCAAUGUAGAGGCAGAAAAAUGGUACGUUGGAUAGUCAACCAAGUUCUACCAGCCAAAAUAUUCAUAAAGAGCAGAAAUUCUUUUUAGAUUCUCUUUGUGGAAAGUAAAGUUCAGAACUGUAGCAAGUACUCAGAUAAUUCUGCUCAGGACCAAACCAAACCAACCAAACAACAAGAGUAUGCCCUCAAGUCUCCAUUUCACCUUGUAGGUUUCAGACAUGCCUACUCAUUUAGAAAUGACUUUUAAUCACACAUCCAGUCAUCAAGCAUUAAUAUUGGGUGUUUCCCCUGUUGCCAGAACUAGAUGAAAUGAUUAUAAAAUCAAAAGGGACUAAGAAUCAUGGUUAAAAAUGAAGAAUCAGGGCAUUCCCAGCCAUAUGACAUCAAGGAUUUACUAAAUUUUCAAGAACCCAGGAAUGCUCAAUUUACAUUGAAGCAAAUAAUUAUGAACCUCCAUGUUAAAUCCCAGUUAUAACCUACUGAGUCCUUUCAAAGUUGUCCUUUCUUAUCACUUGCAUUGAAUGGUUUACAUGAGUUGUGUGAAAGACAGAGAAAGGCCCUUGGAAAAUAAAUGGUUCCAAGGACAUCAGGGAACAGAGUCAAAGCUCUGAUUCCAGCUCUAUCCCUUAGUGUCUUGGGUAAUGAAACACGAAUGUGAUCGCACACACAAAAAAACAACAACAAAAGUACACACACUGGUCUCAAAUUCAAGUCCAUAUAGAGUCUAAUCAGAUUCUUCUUGUUAUUUUGAAUUGCAUGUAUUUUUAAGAGUUUUUAUUGUAAUAAUGUGUCUGGGGACAUUAAUAAUAAUAUAUCAGAACAUUUCCUAAAAUCAAAUCAAUCUUAACAGAUGAUUUACAAAGUAAGUGGACCUAACUAAUUUACUGUAAAGUAAAUGUGGAAAAAUUGAAAUAGAACCUUUAUUAGUGUUAAAUAUAGUAUCACAAGGUAAUGUGUAUGUGAUAAGUGAAUGUACAGCAUCUAUGAGCAUUUUACUACCCUCAUAUAUAGCUCUACUGGCACCAGUGGACAUUGGAGUCCAUUUCAGUAUGAUAGUCUUGAUGGUCAAAAAAAGUCCCUUGAAAGUUGCCAUUCUGGAUACAAAUUGGCAUUCCAGAUAUGUGUGGUAGGUAUUUAAACAGUCAUGUGUUUGAACUAGUGGGAUAGUCAUUGGCUCAGCCUACCUUAUAGUAGAGACAUUUCUUUUUUCCUUAUUUGCCAUUGUGGUGUUUUCAUAGGGCAUGAUGAUAAUGAGGACAAUGUAAUUCAUGAUUCUUUCCAACUAAACUGAGUAAAUAGUGAUACCAGUCAGGUAGGUAAGAAAGAAGCAUUUUCUUAUGUGAUCUGGGCCUCUCUUCCAUGGUCACUGAACAUUUGGCCCCUUAUAAUUAGGUAACCUGUCACAAUAGGAAUUGGACAUUGUGGACAGUUCAGUAGAAACUCGUCAUUGCUCUCAGAAAAACAACCCAGAAGUGUCAAUCAUGCCAUCUCUAUAUACAACUGAUAGCACAUUAAUGACUUUGAAGGCUGAAACAGCAAUUUGGCAUCCUAGUCGUUUGUACAAAGGUACGAGGGAUUGAGACCUUGCAGAUGUAUGGCAGAGGGGCUUUACUAUAGCAGUGAUUAUUAAGGCUGUGUUACUACAAGUUGACUCUAAUGCAAGUGGGCAUUAACUCCAUGCAUUUCCAUUCUUUCCUUGGGAAAAAAGUUUAUAGCUAGUUUGCUUGAUGGAAUAUAAUACAAUCUUCAUUUAUAUUGACCGAGGUAGCAUUGUGAAAUGGUUGUAGCUGGUCUGAUUUUCUUUGGGGAACCUAAACAAAUGCAUUCAUUACAAUUUUUUGAAGCCUUUGAAACAUCCAAAUAUUAUCUGCUUGGACUCUUUUUUCCCCCUUAAGUUAAUCUUUAAACAGAAUUCAACUUUGUGCAGAAUAUUUUGACUUUUUUCUUCCAGGAACUGCUCUAAGUUUUCUGUUUUUAACUUGGGAGCUGAGUUUUCAUUAUCACCAGCAUAAUUGUACAUAAAGCAAAUUUUGUUUACGCAGUACCUGGGAUAUAUGUAUGGGAAGGUGAAGUAGUUUUCCAGUUUGCUACCCUUAAAUACAAUGGCAUUGUUUUUAUGUUAGUUGUUGGGGGGGGGGGGAUCACAUUGCCAUUAAAUUUGUUGUGUCUGUCCAGUUAUUAUUGUGAAACAAGAAAAAUAAAGUGCACUGUGAGCAAUUGGUUAUGUA